AUGCGGGCCGUCCAGGAGUCUGUGGCCAGGUCGCGGCAGGCAGCUCUGGAGAAGAAGAACGCCCGCCUCGAGCAAGAAACGUUGAAGCGGCAGGCCCAAGACCGCAUCGAUGCCCUGCGCCUUCAAAAGGAGCGCUGCCUCCAGGCAAGGGCAGAUCUGAUGAAGGAGAUCGAUCUCGCCCACGAGCAGGAGGCCCUGACAUUUCUAGAAGAGAUUCGCACGGAUCCGGAGAUGUUGAUCUCCCAUGAUCGCUACGGUUCGACCCUACUCCACGAGGCAUGCUCCCGUGGCAUGAAGCAGCUCGCCUCAGCCGUGUUGAGCGCAGCCGAGGAGGUGGGUGAAGCGACGCAGGAGAAGCUGGCAGAAAAGCUCUUUCAGCGAGACUACCGUGGCCAAACGUCGUUGCCUCGGGGCCGCCAUGCUCAGCUGUGCAAGAACAGCGAUUCGGAAGACAGCUACGAAGGUUCCACGGAUGUGGAGGACCAGAGCGAAGCCGGGCUGACCGGCGAUGACUAUGACCCUCCUCCCGUGCGUAUACUACUCCUUGCGUUUAUGUUCAUGUUCCAGGGUUAUGGAGCCAUGGUUGGGAACCCGCAGCAUGCGCUGAAGCAUAAGCUGGGCAUCACCCAUGACCAGGCCGCCGACUUCCAGGAAGCGACUGCAACCUUUCAGUUGGCCAAAAUGGUCAUGCGAAUUUGUCAGAUAGCCUUCCUGGUGUUCACGAACCCUGCAGGCAUUGUGUACACCUCAUAUGUGGUGAUGUUUGCCGCGCUGAUGGUCCCCAUGAUCUUUGUCUGGGGCGCGGGCGUGACAGGUCUUUGGGUAGUUCGACUACAGUACAUCCUGGGAGGUGUGGCGGUGGGACUCUUUGAGGGCACCUUCCUGAGCGUCAUCAGCUCGCUGGGCAAGAACACCAAGACCUUUGCCAUCAUGGGAGCUCCGCUGGGCUUCUUUGUGAACAACACAAUUCUCGGACUUCUGUCCCAGGUGGGGAUGCCUGUGAUCUUCUACUACAUCUACAACGCGGCGUGCCUGCCCUUGGCGAUGUGGAUCUUCCACGCAAAGCGGCCCCGAGAGGUAGUGGCUGCGAAGAGCAAGGGAAAAGGCUGCGCAGUCUUCCUGAACUCCAUGAAAUGUUUCAUGGACUGGGUGCCCAUGAUGAUUCCGUGGUUCGUUGCAAAGUUCAUUGGCAACUUCGUGCUGGAGGACGGCUUUCCGCUCCUCUUCAACACAUUCAACACGGAGAAGGUUCCAAUCAUUGGCGGCCCGGAAAGCGAGGAUCAUCUGAUCCCGUUUGGAAUCUACACCGCCUUGAUCUGGUUUCCUUGCAUGGCUGCCGGCGAUACGAUUAGUCGACGGGUGCCUCAGUUCUUAGACAUCACGUCCAAGCGAAAGUGCGUCUUGUACUUGGCUUUUGGGAUCUUCCUCUCGGUGGCGGGAGAAGCCCUCGACUUCUUACUACUCGCCCUCGUCACUGCCCUUGCGGCCUUCAUUGCCAACUUUGGCAACGGCUUCAUUUACGGCCUGUCGGCAAAGUUCAUCGACUGGGGCAUCGCGGAGGAGCACCGGUACGCCGCGUACAACCUGUGGUGCUUUGUGGGUGACGUCGGUGGCUACGCUGGCCAGGGACAACUCUCAGUAAUGUUGGCGGACAGUGUCUGCGACGGGCGCCACUAUGCCUGGGUGUGCGCUACGAUGAGACGCUGCAUGUCCAUGGACGAUGGCACGCUCAUGAACCAGUUUUUCGCCAGCCUGUUUGCCCAUGCGGUGGCCUGCUGCAGCACAGCCCUGUCUGUUGGUGAAGCCUGUGGUUGGGUGCUCAGUAUUGCUGGCAAAUCCGGGCUGAGGGAAUAUGAGCAUGGCCUUCACCUGAAGCAUGUCGUGGAUGCAGUUCGCCAUCGCCUGCCUAGCCUCAAUUCCAGAACCUCCAAGUCCCUGCAGAUCUCCCAGGAGCUGCGGCUCAGACGGCAGAGCAGCUUUCGGAACUUCUUGGAAGAGGCUGCCGUCGUAGCAGCGGACAAGCCUCGAGAGCAGGUCCACGCUAUGUCACUGACGACAAGCACAGGCUUGCUUGAACCUCCAAGACAAGAGGACGAGGCCUCCGACUGUGAGACAGAUCCCGGCAUGCCAGAGUUGCAGCCCGUCACGCCACGGGCAGUCGCAGAGGUGCCAUCGUCGCAGCCGGCGACUGGCGACUUCUCGCCUUCUGGUGCUGCUGAUGAUAGUCCGGACAGGCUCGGGGACUCCGGCGGUGACUUCAACAAAUGUUGGGGAAGGAGUGCCUUGAAGGACGCCUUGAAAGGCCGGCAGAGCGGCUGA